AUGGCUCCGGUGGUCGCUCGCUUGGUGUCUGAGAGCAAGCCUCGUGUUGUUCCAGGAAAGCUGCUCGUCAAAGAAUUCUGGUUCGAGGUUCCGCUCGACCACUCAAAGCCAGAUGCCAAGACCGUCAGGCUAUUUGCGAGAAGCGCAGUCAAACAUGAGAAGCCCGUCGUCGAAUCCUCGCCGGCUGAGGUCAUCCAGAGACCUUUCUUGGUCUUCUUACAGGGCGGUCCAGGCUUUGGUACCCCGGCCCCGCAGGACAGCCCUCUGUCGAAGCAUAUGCUCGAUCGAGGUUACGAGCUACUCAUGCUGGACCAGAGAGGCACGGGAUUCAGCUGUCCCGUGUCUGCCAACACGUUGGAGAUCGUCGGCGGUCCUCGGGAGCAAGCCGACUACCUCAAGCAUUUCAGAGCAGACACUCUCGUCAGGGAUAGCGAGGCUGUUCGGCUUUGUCUCACCAAAGACUACCCACCGGAAAAGAAGAAGUGGUCCACCUUUGGCCAGUCGUUCGGAGGCCUGAUGACUCUGACGUACCUCUCACUCGCACCGGAAGGUCUCCGAGAAUGCUUCAUCACCGGAGGCCUUGCCGCUCUGGACAAAGGCCCAGAGGAGGUGUACCAGUCUACCUACCGAAAGGUAAUGGAGCGAAACAGCGCAUAUUACAAGAAGUACCCCGAGGAUAUCGCGACAGUGAAAUGGCUUGCCGACAAGAUUCGGGACAUGGGCGGCGACACAGGGAUCCCCCUGCCAGCUGGCGGUUUCUUGACCGUCCAGCGACUGAUGACCCUCGGCUUGAGUCUGGGAAUGCAUGGCGGCAUUGACACUGUUCACAACGUCAUUUUGAGAAUGAAGGGGGAACUGGAUCAGUUCGGCGUCUUCACUCGAUUCACCCUCAACACGCUAGAGCAGGACAGUUGGGACAUCGCCCCAAUCUAUUCACUACUUCAUGAGCCAUGCUGGUGCUACGGCCCAGGGGUAGCCGGGAAUUGGGCCGCUGAACGCGUUGGUAAAAGCCUUGACGAGUUCCAGUGGCUCCGAAAAGACUGGUCUGGUCCCGCAAGCCUCGGGGACAAGCCACUCUGCUUCUCGGGCGAGAUGAUCUAUCCCUUCCUCUUUGAGACCUGCGCCGAGCUCAUCAAGCUCAAGGAGACGGCCCAGAUACUGGCCGAGUACGACGCAUGGGAACCGCUGUACGACAUCGAGCAGCUGGGGAAGAACGAGGUCCCCGUCUACGCCGCCAGUUACAACGACAUGUACGUGGACAUAGACAAUGCUCGCGUGACUGCAACUAGGAUCAAGGGCAUCAAGGUGUUCGAGACGAAUGUGCUUUUCCACAACGCUUUGAGAGCCAGGGCCGAAGACGUCAUCCCGCAGUUACUCGCACUGAGAGAUGAUACUAUCGAUUAG